AUGUCUCGUAAAGAUGGCGACACGAAGGACACGAAGGACAUCAAGGACGUCUAUGGUCAUCGUGCCGGGCGCCAUGCCAGUGUCAAUGUUGGGACCAGCCACUCCUCCCGACUUCGCCCGCUCGAAGGGCUUCAUCGAUACAUCCAUAUCAAUACAAGGAAAAGGCCAGUCCUCAAUCAAAUUAGAAGCACUUCGUGGCAAAGGAAAAGCCAGCAGCCACGCUCUCUAGUUACUGAUUCCAUUCCACCUAUUCUCAUUCCGCCUGCUAUUUUCCUCGGACUUCUCCUCGGCCUUUGGACAUGGAAAUGUUUCUGGAUUGUUGUCCUGCAAAACAAGCUUUUAUAUCUCUCUUGGCUGCCCCCAUUUUCACGAUCUGACAAAAUCUCUGAAUAUGAGGCUGAAUGCAAGCCCGUGCAGUGGAAAGAAAAGCAAAUCCGGAGUCUAGAUGGGACCAAAUUGGCUGUUUGUGAAGGGCAAAUCCCCGUUGAGCACAGCCGAAAACCAGUCGACCCUACGACGAAGAUAAAAUCAGUGGUGAUAUGCUAUUUCCAAGGGAAUGGUGGGUCAACACCUCUUCGACUGCCCCUUCUUUCACAGGUCUUGAGGACCAUCUCGUCAAUGUCAAAGACGACAACUUCCGACGAGACUACGUUUACCAUUGUCGCCCUGUCAUACCGAGGCUAUUGGACAUCGUCAGGCCGACCAACACAAUCGGGAAUUGAACUUGAUGCCCAGGCAUUCUUGAACUGGGUAUCCGAAACUUAUUCGUCACCAGAAACAGAUCUCCAGGUCGUUCUCUGGGGCCAUAGUCUCGGAUCAUCUAUCGCAAGCUCUGCUCUUUCUACAUACCUCUCCCACCGCGGCGCUGAACGCGCCACAGAUGGUACCAAGCUGGCGCCAAUAUCCGGGUUGAUCAUGGAGGCGCCGACCUCCAAUAUUAAAGACAUGCUUAUCAGCUUGUAUCCUCAGCGAUGGCUUCCAUACCGUUAUCUAUGGCCGUUUUCGUGGAACACUUGGUGCAAUGCAACAGCCCUAGCGCGACUAGCUGACUGGCAGGAUCAAGUUUCGCACAAUAAUCACCCGCCUCCUUCAAUUCCCCCAAUCUUCAUUUUGUCUGCCGAGAAGGACGAAGUGAUUCCAUCGUAUGUGGCAGGCGAACUGGAGCAAAAGGCCCGAGACCUUGGAUUAGUAGUCUCCCGCAAAGAAGUACUAGGGGCGAUGCAUACGGAGGGACCAAUGAAAGCCGACGGCCGAGAAGCGCUGGUCAGGUUUAUUUUGGAAAAUACUUCGAGAAGAUGA